GAGACGCGAGUCCCGGGACCCGCCCCGCGGCUCCAGCAGCAGCAGCAGCAGAGGGCGACAGCAAGACCAGCGGCAGCGGCAUCAGCAGCAGCAGCAGCCAGGCCUCCGGCCGCAGGGGGGCCCCUGCUGCUGCUCCUCUCCGCAGGGAAAGGAAGCUGAGAGGCGCAGAAGCUUUGCGGCAGAAGUUUGGCUGCUUCGCAGCAACGGAGCAGGAGCUGCAGGAGCUUUCAUGCGGUUGCUGCCUGGACGGGCUGCUGCCGGGGGCCGACGCAGAAGAGACAGUGGGGAUGGCGCAUAG